AUGAUGAAAUCUGGAGAACAGCAUCGAGAUGAACAUGUUAAUGAGGAAAUUGGCCUCAAGAUUGAUGCCCCACCAUCGAAUAUCCUCCCGACAGAGGGAAAGAGCAGAGGCAGAUCGAGGGCUAUGAAAACAAAACACUCUGUUGCUGAACAGAGGCGUAGGAACAGAAUUAAUGAGAGGUUUCAAAUGAUAAGAAAUCUUAUACCCCGUAGUGAUAUGAAACGAGACACUGCAACGUUUUUAUUAGAGGUUGUUCAUUACAUACAGUUUCUACAAGAGAAGGUGCAACACUAUGAGAGAUUGUAUCAACCCUGCAGUUCGGAGGCCAUGAAGCUAAUAAUGCCAUUGAGGAAUGAUCAAUGGCGAGCUCGGAGUUUUGUUGAACCACAGAACAAUCUACCGAACAAGCCAACAAGCAUGAAUUUGUUUCCACUUGCAAACACUGAAAAAGCUGCAUUAAAUAUGGACUCACUGCGUGGGCCAUAUUCGGACGAACAAUCGGUUGAUAGUCGUGAAGCUGGUGAUGGGCUCAGCUGUCGGGAUGAUUUGACUGUAGAGGAAGGGACUAUUAGCAUCUCGAGCGAUUUCUCACAAGGGCUAUUAAAUUCAUUGGAGCAAGCCCUCGAAAGCACGGGUCUUGAUCUUUCGCAAGCUAGAAUCUCAGUACAGAUAGAUCUCGGAAAACGAGCAUCUCAGGGUCGUGAAGAAGUGGAUGAAUUUCAGAAAAGGCGGAAGACUUGA